AUUUCGUUAAUACGAAACCUGACAUCUUUGCUAGGUAGAGCUGAAUACUUUUUUGUUAAAAAAUAUAAAUUUUGUUAAAUAUUGAGCACAUAAGUGAUUAAAAUUAAAAUUUUCUAAUCAAAAAAACUAAUUUAAUCGAUGUGAGUUAGAAAUUUGUAUGUGAGGAUACCUUUUAAAUAAAAUUUAAACUUUAAAAAUCCAGGUGGUUGCGAUUGUAUUGUUCCAGGAAAUUUGUCGAACUUUAUGAAAAUAUUUUUGCAGUAAACUUUUAAGCGUUAUAAUACUAAACAUUCAUAAGUAUCAAAAUUUAUUCCAAGAGAAAGGAACGAUAUUUCUUUUACAAAAAAAUGGCGGUAAUGUUAACGACAGAAGAAGCUAGCAAAUUGUUAGACUUCUCGGAGAAACUAGAUAUCGGUCUUUUGGAUAAAAUUGUUGAAUGUCUCUACAGUUCACAAGGGGAACAACUACGUUUAGCACAAGAUAUUCUUACAACGCUCAAAGAACACCCAGAUGCCUGGACUAGAGUCGAUAGUAUAUUAGAGUAUUCACAAAAUCAGCAAACAAAGUUUUAUGCUCUGCAAAUUUUGGAAGAAGUAAUCAAAACACGUUGGAAAAUUUUGCCCAGAAACCAAUGUGAAGGCAUCAAAAAAUAUGUUGUUGGCCUUAUUAUAAAAACAUCAUCCGAUCAGGAUACCAUGGAAGCCAAUAAGGUUUACUUAAAUAAGUUAAAUAUGAUUUUGGUGCAAAUUUUGAAAAGAGAAUGGCCCAAAAAUUGGAACACCUUCAUCUGCGAUAUAGUUGGAGCUUCUAAAACGAACGAGAGCCUCUGUAAAAACAAUAUGGUUAUAUUAAAAAAUUUGAGUGAAGAAGUGUUUGAUUUUUGUGGCGGACAGAUAACUCAGACAAAAGCGAAGCAUUUAAAGGAUGCUAUGUGUCAAGAAUUUUCCGAAAUAUUUCAACUAUGUUCAUUCGUCCUUGAAAGUUCUAUGAAUGCGCCAUUGAUUGCGGUUACCCUAGAUACUCUGUUGAGGUUCCUCAAUUGGAUUCCUCUGGGGUAUAUUUUCGAAACAAAGCUGGUAGAAACACUUAUUUUUAAAUUUCUUAGUGUCCCCAUGUUUCGUAAUGUAACACUUAAAUGCUUAGCAGAAAUCUCUGGCCUUAUAGUGCCUAAUUAUAACUCCAAUUUUAUAAAACUCUUCAAAGACACGAUGGAACAAUUGGAUCAAAUGAUUGGACAGAAUACUAAUAUGAAUCACAUAUAUGCCAACGGUUGUGACAUGGAACAAGAGUUCGUUCAAAAUUUGGCCAUGUUCUUAUGUACUUUUCUUAAAGAACACGGAAAACUCGUUGAAGAUGUUAAAUAUAUUGAUUAUUUGAAUAAGGCUCUACUUUACUUGGUUAUGAUAUCGGAAGUGGAAGAUGUGGAAAUCUUUAAAAUCUGUCUCGAAUACUGGAACAAUCUUGUAGAAGAUCUAUACAAUUCAGAUAGUAAUAAUGCAGUUCACAUACAAACCGAUGUGGUUUCUUUACUACCGAAAAGAAGUUCAUUCUCACGUCGCCGAUUUUAUGGAACUAUUUUAUCCAAAGUUCGUUUUAUUAUGAUUUCUCGUAUGGCAAAACCAGAAGAAGUGCUUGUUGUUGAAAAUGAGAAUGGCGAAGUUGUUCGGGAAUUCAUGAAAGAUACAAAUGCUAUUAAUUUGUAUAAAACCAUGCGCGAAACACUGGUAUUUUUAACCCAUUUGGAUUAUGCAGACACGGAGCGCAUUAUGACCCUGAAGCUCUUAAACCAAGUAAAUGGAACUGAAUUCUCCUGGAAGAAUUUAAAUACACUUUGCUGGGCAAUUGGAUCAAUUUCAGGUGCUUUCAAUGAAGAAGAUGAAAAACGGUUUUUGGUCACCGUCAUCAAAGAUUUACUGGGCCUUUGCGAACAAAAAAAAGGCAAAGAUAAUAAAGCAAUAAUUGCCUCCAAUAUUAUGUACGUUGUUGGACAAUAUCCGAGAUUCUUGCGGGCCCAUUGGAAGUUUUUAAAAACUGUGGUGAAUAAAUUGUUUGAGUUCAUGCACGAGACACACGAUGGCGUUCAGGAUAUGGCCUGUGAUACAUUCAUAAAAAUAGCAAUCAAAUGCAGAAGGCACUUUGUAACAAUUCAACCAAACGAAGCAUGUACUUUUAUCGAUGAAAUCUUGAGUACAAUGAGUUCGAUUAUAUGUGACUUGCAACCGCAGCAGGUGCAUACAUUUUAUGAAGCUGUGGGUCAUAUGAUUGCUACGAGCACAGACCAAGUUCAGCAAGAUGCAUUAAUUGAAAAGUAUAUGUUAUUGCCCAACCAAGUUUGGGAUGACAUUAUUUCGAGAGCGUCUAAAAACGUUGACUUUUUGAAAAAUAUGUCUGCAGUUAAACAACUGGGAAGCAUUUUAAAAACAAAUGUUGCUGCCUGUAAAGCUCUUGGGCAUGCUUACGUUAUACAACUUGGAAGGAUUUACUUAGACAUGUUAAAUGUUUAUAAAAUAACAUCUGAAAAUAUUAUUCAGGCUAUUGCUCUUAACGGAAUAAAUGUAAAUAACCAGCCGCUCAUCAAAGCCAUGCACGUAGUUAAGAAGGAGACCCUUAAUUUGAUUUCGGAGUGGGUACUGCGUUCGAAUGAUAACCAAAUGGUCAUGGAAAACUUUAUUCCUCCGCUUCUUAGUGCGGUGCUUCUGGAUUACCAGCGUUGUAAAAUCCCAGCAGCUCGUGAGCCAAAAGUUCUUAGUACAAUGGCUGUUAUAGUGUGCAAGUUAAAGGCCCACAUCACAAAUGAAGUACCAAAAAUUUUCGAUGCUGUUUUUGAGUGCACCCUUGACAUGAUCAACAAAAACUUCGAAGAUCAUCCUCAGCAUAGAAUUAGUUUCUAUGAACUUCUCCAGGCAACAAAUGCCCAUUGUUUUAAGGCAUUUUUGAAUAUACCACCAGCCCAGUUUAAACUUGUGUUUGAUUCUGUUGUUUGGGCCUUUAAACAUACAAUGCGAAACGUUGCUGAUAUGGGCUUAUAUAUUUUAUUCAAGAUGUUACAAAACUUGGAACAGCAUCCCCAGGCAGCACAAAGUUUUUAUCAAACCUAUUUUACGGAUAUUUUAAUGCAAAUAUUUUCUGUUGUAACUGAUACUUCUCAUACAGCGGGAUUAGCUAUUCAUGCAACAAUUUUAGCAUACAUGUUCUCCCUGGUAGAAAAUAAUAAAAUAACCGUCAAUCUUGGCCCAAUACCAGACAAUAUAAUAUUCGUCCAGGAAUAUGUGGCCUCACUUCUGAAAUCCGCAUUUAACCAUUUAACUGAUCAACAAAUCAAAGUGUUUGUAACCGGCUUGUUUAAUUUAGAUGAAAAUGUUCCUGCUUUUAAAGAACAUCUAAGAGAUUUCUUAAUUCAAAUCCGGGAAGUAACUGGCGAAGACGACUCCGAUUUAUAUUUGGAGGAACGCGAGGCUGCUCUACGUGAGGAACAAGCUAGCAAAAGACAAAUGCAGCGCGCUGUGCCUGGAAUGUUAAACCCGCACGAACUGCCAGAAGAUAUGCAGGAUGAAUAAGUUAUUUAAUUGUAUUUUAGUUCUUGAGAAAAAAAAAUGUUGAGAUUGAAUAACUGUCGAAGUAUGAAUGUAAUAUAUAUUGGAAUAAAUUUUAUUCAAAAUA